AUGGCGUCGCUCUGCCUGCACGUCGGCAUGACAAAGGACAUGCUUUGCGUCGCCAAGGCCAUGUCGCCCUUUUUCCGGCCCACGGGCGAGAUUGCCAACGGCACCUGCGCCGACGCCGUGGUCAAGACGGUGCAGGUCAUCUUCAAGUCGCUCAAGCCGGACAUGCGCCCGGUCCGAGAGCAAAUCAUUUGCCAGCACGUGGCGUUUAUCGACGUCUUGCCGUUUCCGACGCUCCGGCGCAAUGUCAUCAACAGCGGCGAGGCCAUUGACCUCACAGAGUUUUACCACGACUUGAUUGAUGGCUUGAUCUUCUGGGGCGGCACGGCGAAGAAGAGCACAGCGGGCUCGGCCGACGGUCAUGUCUCGGCGGGCACACCCUGGGAGAGCAGAAGUUGGGAGGCCAGGACGUGGUUCUUGCGCAAGUACUGGGCGCUUCUCGGGGGCGAGGAAGGGGAGCUUGUGCGCCAGAGUGAAUGGUGGCGAAACGUGAGAGGAGACGAUACAGAUCUGUGGUUGGAGGUUUGA